AUGGAACAAGGAAAUUAUACACAAAUUUCAGCAUUUCUUCUUCUGGGAUUAUCAGAGGAACCAGACCUGCAGCCCCUCCUAUUUGGGCUUUUCCUCUCCAUGUACCUCAUCACUGUGUUUGGAAACCUGUUCAUCAUCCUGGCUGUCAGUUCUGACUCUCACCUCCACACACCCAUGUACUUCUUCUUGGCCAACCUGUCCUUUGUAGACAUCUGUUUCACCUCUACCACUGUCCCCAAGAUGCUUCAGAACAUCCAGACACAGAGCAAAGUCAUCACCUAUGAAGGUUGCAUCACUCAGAUAUACUUUUUCCUACUCUUGGCUGGAUUGGACAACUUUCUCCUGGCUGUGAUGGCUUAUGACAGGUUUCUGGCCAUCUGUCACCCCUUGCACUAUACAGUCAUCAUGAAACCCCAGCUAUGUGUACUACUGGUUCUGGUGGCCUGGAUGAUGAGUGCCUUGAAUUCCUUAUUACAAAGCCUAAUGGUGUUGUGGCUGUCCUUCUGUAGAGAGGUGAAAGUCUCCCACUUUUUCUGUGAGAUCAAUCAGGUGGUCCAACUUGCUUGUUCUGACAACUUUCUUAAUGACAAGGUGAUGCAUUUUGCAGCUGGAUUGUUGGGUGGUUCUUCCUUAGCUGGGAUCCUUUACUCUUACUCUAAGAUAGUCUCUUCGAUACAUAGAAUCUCAUCUGCUCAGGGAAAGUAUAAAGCAUUUUCCACUUGUGCAUCUCACCUUUCUGUUGUCUCCUUAUUUUAUUGUACAAUUCUGGGAGUGUACCUUAGCUCUGCUGCUCCCCAGAGCUCCCACUCAAGUGCAGUGGCCUCGGUGAUGUACACAGUGGUCACACCUAUGCUAAACCCCUUCAUCUACAGCCUGAGGAACAGAGACAUAAAGAGGGCUCUGAAAAGAAUCAUUGGGGCUCCAGUGAUAUAA